CUUUCGGUUCCGUUCAUCCAAUUUUCCCUUUCUCAUUUCUUCCGACCUGAUUGUUUACUCUCCAGUGGUGGCUUUCGCAGACGAUCAAUGAUGUACUCUCAGGAUUGAGUGAUGUGUGUGAUAUGCUAGAAUCAAAAUUCCAGCUCUCGAGUUGCUAAAAAACAGUUCUAACUCGUGAUUAUAGUAGCGAAACUGCGGUGGAUUUUUUUUUUGAGGUCCUUCGUGAAGGAGUAACCUCGGAUCGAUGCAGUGAUCUUUGUCUUGACUUUGCGUUGAGAUGGAAUCGGACGCGGAUUGCUUCCCUUUGAAAGACAUCUCGUCUGUGGUCGAGGUUUUCAAGACAGAACUCGGGAAAGACGAGCCGAAUUUGGCAAAGUUAUCGAUCAUUUUAGGGUUCUUCGAAACGGCCUUAACUUGCAAAGGUUCCUCGAAUAGCUGCCCAGGGUUGGACAAAGAAACUUUCGACGCGUUGUAUGGUAAAUUUCAGGCCUUGAUUCAGAAAGAUUUGAACGUUAACAAAGAACAGAAGCCAGCCUCGAGGGACUUCGUCGUCAAUGUCGCAGAUCUUGUGUGGAGUUGCCUUUCCAAAUCGUAUUUCAAGGAUAAACCCCACAUUCAGAAUCUGUACAGCUUUCUAACAGGAAAUCGACUUGACUGCUUUGGUGUUGCCUUUACUGUGGUUGCCAUUUGUCAAGCUUUGGGUUUCAAUGAUGUUCAUCUAGCUCUGUCUGAAGACCACGCCUGGGUGGUGUUUGGUGAAAAUGGCACAGAAACAGCAGAGGUUACAUGGCAUGGUAAAGGAAAUGAGGAUAAGAGAGGGCGCCCUGUGGACUUUGAUAAGGCCAUCGGUCAGAGCUGGCUGUAUCUGAAUGGGUAUCCUGUGAAGUGCACACGGCAUAUGGAGGUGGCAUCCAUGGUGUCAUCCAUUAAUCCAGGUAUUACAAAUACAAGUGACAGUAUUGAACUGGCUAGUCUGCAACAGCAACUCCUGUGGUUACUCUAUGACCAAGGUCACCUCAAAUGGUACCCUUUAGCUUUGGGAAACCUUGGUGACCUGCAAGAGAUAUCACCAACUCCUGGUCGCCCAACAGCUGAAGAAAUCCUUAAAGAGGGCAUAAAAGUGAACCAAAUACUGUAUAAAGACCAGCACAUCUAUCCUUACACUUAUCUUGGUGGUUUUUACUACAGACAGAAGCAGUACAUGAAAGCUAUUGAUUGUUGGGUGAAGGCUGCAUAUGUGGCUGGAAAGUACAACUAUUCAAAAGAAGAUGAGGAAAUAUUCAAAGAACUAUAUGAAAUUGCCAAUGACUUUAUACCAAACAUCCUCAAAACCUCAGCAUCCUCUGAAGUGAGUGGUGAAAGCAGUGCUGCUAACAAGACCCCCAACCUUGCAGAAGACCCAAGCUUUUUUGCAUUUGUUCUUCAGUUUUAUGAUGGCGUGUGCAUGUGGGAAGAAGGAGGUCAUACCCCGGUGCUCCAUGCUGAUUGGGCCAAAAAGCUUGUACAGUCUGUUUCAAGAUUUUCUCCCAAUUGUAGAUCUGCACUGUCACCUGCACAAGGAGGUUCCUUAUCAUUAGUAUCAGUACCAGUGAAAACUGAGUUGGCUGAAGCAAAACCUCCUGUUAGCAAUGCCAAUUCAACUGUCUCUUCCACUGAUAAGGUAGAGCAUGGCAACUCUUUGCAAGCUGGUCUAGAAAACUCUAGUAAAGAAAAACUUGUACUCAAUCUGAAAAGUGCAAAAAUGAGAGGAAUGACAGAAUUGCUGACAACUAGUGGCAAAAUUAACACUAGUGCAAUAAAGCUGCAACUAACAGCCCAGUCACAAGUGAGUGUGCCAAAGAGUAGAAGGCGCACCUCUUUUAAAACAGACGAUUAUGUGUAUGACUUUGGGGAAGAGAUAGAAAAUGAAGAGGAAAAUGACAACGAAGAAACAAAGAGGCCAAGAAAAGUGAGAAAAACUGACAGGGACUUUAUGGCAUAGUGGUUCAUGGUAUUGUACUCGUUCAGUUUAUUUAAUGUUGCACAUGGUAAUGUUAGAUGAUUUUUAUAUAAAUUAAUGGAAUAAUAGGUUCAGAUUUACAUAGCUAUACAUAUAUUUUCUUUUCAACGAAAGAAUUGGGUAGAAAGGUGUUGAAAAAUUGGGGGUUUUUGAAGGGUUUCUGUUUCUUAAUGAAAGAGUGAAUACCAGGGUUGGUAUCAUAUGCAGUAAGAUAGUAUUUAAUGCAGUCACCAGCAUUUAAGAUGUCAUUUAUUUUUAAUUUUUUUUUUUUUUUUAAAAUGUUAGUUUCACUUAUGGCUAGCCUCGUCACUGUAUUUACCCUUCACGCCCUAACAUCAGUCUGUAAAUUCUCCAUACUGUUCUCUAUACAUUUCUUAAGGUGCUGACAAGGAGAAUUUGUUUAA